AUGUGCACUGGGAGUGUCCAAUUGCUUGUGCUACGUGCUGAUGAUGGAAAGUUUUCCCCUCAAUUUCUAACCAUCAAACUGUUUCCUUGCAGUGGCCAUCUUGAGAACUAUACCAGUGACUACACCGUACAGGUGUUGAUAGGUUACUGUGCUGUGUACAUUUUCAUGCAGACCUUCAUGAUCCCAGGAACAAUAUUCAUGUCAUUGCUUGUUGGUGCUCUAUUCGGGCAACUCCGGGGCGUGGCUCUGGUUGUCUUUGCUGCCUCCGCUGGUGCUUCUUCAUGCUAUUUCCUGUCGAAACUGAUUGGAAAACCGCUGGUGUUCGUGCUGUGGCCAGACAAACUCACGUUUUUCCAGAAGCAGGUUGCCAAAAGAAGAGAAAAGCUGUUGAAUUACAUGCUUUUCCUGAGGGUCACCCCAACAUUGCCAAAUACCUUCAUCAACUUAGCAUCUCCCAUUGUUGAUGUGCCCUUCCAUACCUUCUUAUUGGCAACUCUUAUCGGUCUCAUCCCAGCAGCCUACGUGACCGUGAGGGCUGGGAUUGCUCUGGGAGAGCUAACAUCGCUCAGCGACCUGUACGACACCCAGUCAGUAGCUCUGCUGUUCUUGAUCGGCGUCGUCUCAUCGUAA